AUGACCUCAACAGGUCAGGAGUUCGGUAUGUUCUAUAUGUACAAAGACGCAAAACCAACCGUUGAAAGUCGCUACCCUAUAUUGGAAUAUGUCAAACGUAAACUUAAAAUCGGACAGUUUGAUCCAGAAGACAACAGAAAGGCGUUGGUAAAGAAAACUGGACAUUACCGUGUCAAAUACACAGGACUGAAAGAAUUCCGAGGACUUUUCUUAAGGGAUCUGUACAUCACACUCAUCGACCUACAAUGGCGGUAUGUUCUCGCCAUCGUCUUCAACAUGUAUCUCGUCACGUUCUUCUUCUUCGGUGUAUGUUGGUAUUGGAUCAUGGCUAGCAAUGGCGACUUCGACCAUAUCAACGACCCCAACUGGAAGCCUUGCCUGAGCGGAGUUUACACAUUCGCCGGCACUCUCAUCUUUUCCAUUGAGACGCAGACGACGAUUGGGUAUGGUUACGCUUAUCUGAAUUCGGAUUGUACGAGCACCCUAGUGUUGCUGUUCAUACAGAUCACGUGCGGAAUAUUGAUGGAGAACCUGUUGCUUGGCUUUGUCUUCGUCAAGUUUGCCCAACCAAAGCGCCGACAGAAGACCAUCGUCUUCAGCAAGACCGCCGUUGUUAACCAGGAAAAUGGCUGUCUCUGUUUACAGGUCCGACUUGGCGACAUGCGACAGAGCCAUUUGCUGGACGCACGAGUUCACGGAGUCCUCACAAAGAAGCACGUGACCACAGAAGGCGUACAGUACCCGCUUUAUCUACACGACAUGGAGUUCCAUGCUCAGGGUAUGGGAGAAAGGAUAGUUCUGAUGUGGCCACUUAUCUUAUCCCAUAAAAUCACUUCCGAUAGCCCGUUUUGGAACAUCAAACCAGCCGACCUUAUGAGCGAUAAGUAUGAACUCAUCAUUUAUGUAGAAGGCACCAUAGAAUCUACUGGAGAGUACUGUCAGGCUCGAACCUCAUAUCUUCCUACUGAAGUCCUCUGGGGACACCGGUUCGACAGGCUUGAGGAGUUUGAUUCCGGCAAUGGUAGAUGGGAAGUCGACUUUGAAGGUUUUCAUGACGUAAUCUAUACGACAAACAUCCGUCAUAGUGCAAAAGAACUGCAUGAUAUGAAAUUCAAUCCUACCAAAGAUAAGGCCAAUGAGGGCGCUACAAGUCCUAACCGUAAGACACCAAGUCCUCCACUCUCAGUUUCCCUUCACACUAUACCAUACGAUGCCCCACCCACGUCAGAUACCAGCAACGACAUCACGGACACAACGACCGCACAGGAAGGAUCUUCAAUUAUGCCGGAAAUGACGUCAGAAGACGAAAUGGAAAACUACAUGCACACAGUUUUGAGUACUAAUUCUUCUGGGAACGAAGACGAAUGUGAACCAACAGACAGAACCGCCUCGCCAGACACAAAUGCUAAGGAGGAUGUCUACACAGAGAUCCACAGCGACCUCGGGAACGGUAACCUAGGCGAUAUACAAGAGGAAGAUGAGAACGACAUGCUAGCGCGGUACAAGUAUGCUGAUGCCGACGACGAUGAUGACGAGGAAAAAUCAGAUGAUGAAUAUCUGUCGUCUUGA